AUGGGUCCCGUCAUGAUAGCAGUCCCAAAACCAACUGAUGAGAGACGAUAUCGCAAUAAAAUAUCGCAAAUCAAGAGAAAAAGGACGAAAAUCGUACCUCUAGUCAGAGUCAUGCCGGAUCUUCAUAGUCACUUCAACAACAUGGGAUUCGAUACAUCAAUGUAUGCCUCGUCGUGGUUUCUUACAUUGUUCACAACUAGUCUGUCCAAUGAAAUAGCCAACCGUAUCAUGGAUUGCUUUCUCGUUGAGCACAUUUUCAAGUUUUUGGCAUGGAAGCUUGAAGCUUGGAUACCUGACACUUCUUCUGUUCUUUUCGAGGACCAUUUGGAAUAA